AUGCCACAAAUAUUAAAUACUCGCUUGCUUAGUCCUAGUUUAGUACGAUCACUUAAUCCCGAAACUUAUACUUUUUAUUGUGUUUAUAGUGAAGAGGAAGUGAAUAAUUGGGAUUAUAUUCUAGAAGAUAACGUGAGGCGUCUUAAACAUAUAAACAUUUGUAGCAAUUUAGAUUGUCAAUAUUAUAAUAGAUUAACUAGCCUAUUUCUUGGCGAAGCUAAUAAUGCUCAAGUGGGCGGACCUGCAGUUAUAGCUGCUACCGCCUUUGGCGGAAUGUUUUUUACUGCGGGCCGUUAUACUCCCUUUCUACUUGGUUGGGACACUCAUGGUUUGCCUAUCGAACACAAAAUGCUGCAAGUUUAUCCGGACAAAAAAAACGAUUUGCGAUCGCUUUGCCAUCAAUUUGCCUUAGAACAAGCCCAGAACCAAAGAGAACAAUUGAAAAAAUUAGGACUUUUUACGGAUUAUGAUAAGUAUUACAUUACCCUGGAUAAAAAAUAUGAAGCCGAACAAAUAAGAGUUUUUGAAAAAUUAACGGCGUUAGCAGAAAACGAAAUAGAAUAUUACGAAAAAAAAGACCUUUCGAUUUACUUUAAAAUUAAGCCUUGGACUAUUCCGGAUAACCAAUUAGUUGCCGUAAAAAAAAAUGUUUCUUACGCUCUUGUUAAUUGCUCGGGGGAGUAUUUAAUAAUUCUCAAAAAAAAAAUCACACUUUUAGAAAAACAAAACAUAAGAAAUUUAAAAGUAGAAAAAGUAUUUUUGGGUCAAGAAUUAAUAGGACUAACUUAUCACCACCCUUAUUACAAAAAUACCCAAGGACAAGUAGUAGACGGCGAAGAAUUUAUUCAAGAAAAUGAAGGCACGGGCUUGGUCCAUCUCGCUCCGGCUUUUGGGGCUGAGGAUUUUAUCUUGGCUAAGAAAAAUAAAAUCAGAGUCGAUUGUCCGUUAAAACCUAAUGGCUGUUUUAACGAGAAAAUUGGUAUCCCCGAAUUAGUAAAUAAACAUUACACUGUAGUUAACCAUCACGUUGUUGCUGAUUUAGAAAAAAGGAACUUGGUAGUAAAAAAAGAAGAAAUUAGAGUUCCAAUUCCAGUUUUAUACGAAAGAGGGCAGCCGCUACUUGAUAUCGAGUUGAUUAACUAUAUUGUUGAAUUAGUUUCUCAAACCAAAUUUCCCCAAUUAAUUAAGGAAGAAACUCAAUUAGGAACUGAUAUCAUGGACGUUUGGUUAGAUAGCGGGGUUUCCCAUUGGUGUGUUUUAGAGCAAAGAAAGUUAAGGGAAAAGUGA